AAACAACUAGUAUAACUCAAUAUUGGAGCAACAGAUCCCAGAACCACUCAAUCUAUCUCCCUUGCCUCUAACCUUUGUUUGCCCUUGUUUCUACUCCAGUCUCAACCCUGCUUUUCCCUUAAUUCUCUCCCAGUCCCUUCCCGUCUUGCCCCUGUUUCUCCCACAGUCUCUAACCCUGUCUUCUCCCUGUUUUCUCUGCAGUGACGGUGGAGAGCCCUUGGUCCUGGCAUGGCAAAUCAGGCCUACGUCUCAGAGCUGCAGGUGGGGCAGUCCCAGUCGCAACCCGCUCCUGCGCAGUACAUCACGGACACGUCCCCGCCAGCCCCCCCGCAGCCCCCGGCAGUGCAAAAACAGCCCCCCCCUCCUCCCACUCAGGCGCAGACACAGGCAGCCCCCCCUCAGCAAACCCUGCAGUAUGUGAGUGAGGUGCAGAGUGCAUCACCCCAGUCCAGCUCCACACAGCCGUCCCCACAGUACAUCGUUGUCACUGUCACUGAGAGUACCCUGAGGCCCAGUGAGACAGUGUCGGACUCCAGCUCCCCCCCUACUGUGGUUCAGACUGCCGUUCCCACUCAGGUGGUGCAGCAGGUCCAGGCCUCCCAGCAGCGAUUGCUGGUUCAGGGGGGGGUCUCUGUGAAGGGCCAGGCUGUCCUCGCUCCUCUCCAGCAGGUCUCUUUGCCGCAGCAGCAGCAGCAGCAGCAGCAGCGCCUGGUUGUCCAGACUUCAUCCCCCACUGGGAAGGCUGGACAGGUGUCCACGCUGUCUAUCCAUGGAGUCCAGCAACAGCAGCAGGUCCACUCUUCUCCUGAGAGGUCAGUGGUCCAGUCCACAGCGCCGACCCCUAAACCUGCUCAGGUACAGCAGCUUACUGUCCCGGGACUGCAGCAGGCCCAUGUGUCACAGGAGGUGCAGCAGUUACAGCAGGUCCCAGUGCAGCAUGUCUACUCAAACCAGGUUCAGUAUGUGGAGGCAGGAGACGCCAGCUACACCACCAGCACAAUUCGCUCCAGCAGCUACCCCUACUCUGAGACCCCCCUGUACAGCCAGAGUGCAGGCACCCCCUAUUAUGAGUCUGGGGGCUCAGGGUCACAGGUCAGCACCCCAGUGACCUCUCAGGAUGUACCCAGCGCCAGUGAGGCAGUGCCAAUGUAUGUGUCCGGGGGGCAGAUCGUAGCCAAUCCCAGCACAGCAGGGGCGGGGCCAGGGGCGGGGCAGGGAGGUAACACAGCGACGGCAGUGGCAGCAGGAAGCUACGUCAUCCAGGGGGGGUAUAUGCUGGGCAGUGCCAGCCAGAGCUACUCACACACCACCCGGGCAUCUCCUGCUACUGUACAGUGGCUGCUGGAUAACUAUGAGACUGCGGAGGGGGUGAGUCUGCCUCGCAGCACGCUAUACUGCCACUACCUGCUGCACUGCCAGGAGCAGAAACUGGAGCCCGUCAAUGCAGCAUCAUUUGGGAAACUCAUCCGAUCAGUGUUCAUGGGGCUGAGGACCAGGAGGCUGGGCACCAGAGGGAACUCCAAGUACCAUUACUAUGGGCUGAGGAUCAAAGCCAACUCCCCCCUGCUCAGACUGAUUGAGGACCAGCAACACCUGGCCAUGAGGCAGCAGCCCUUCUCUCAGAAACAGAGGCUGAAGCCUGUGCAGAAGGUGGAGGGGAUGACGAACGGCAUGUCUCUGGGGGGGCAGCAGCAGCAGGGGUCGGGCCUGUCAGACAUCAGCGCCCAGGUGCAACAGUACCAGCAGUUCCUGGAUGCCUCCCGUGCUCUACCUGAGUUUACGGAGAUCGACCUGCUGGGGAAAGCACUGCCUGAUGGGAUAGCACUGGAGCACAUCAAGGCCUUUCACCUGCUGUACCGCGAGCACUGCGAGGCUAUCUUGGAUGUGAUGAUAAACUUGCAGUUCACUCUGGUGGAGACCCUGUGGAAAACAUUCUGGAGAUUCAGCGAGAGCCAGCCCAGCGACAGCACACCACUCCCAGUUCAUGAUGAGUCUGAGAAGAGGCUGCCCAAGGGCUGUCUGGUGGUCCUGUGCAAGUACGAGCCGGUGCUGCGCUGGACCAAAGAGUGUGACAACAUGCUGUACCAGGGGCUAGUGGAAAUCCUGAUACCAGAUGUGCUGAGACCCAUCCCCAGUGCCUUAACUCAAGCCAUCCGUAACUUUGCCAAGAGUCUGGAGAGCUGGUUGACCAAUGCCAUGAUGAACAUCCCAGAGGAGAUGGUGCGGGUCAAGGUGACAGCAGCCAGUGCGUUUGCUCAGACCCUGAGGCGCUACACCUCUCUCAAUCACCUGGCCCAGGCAGCGCGAGCAGUCCUGCAGAACACAGCCCAGAUCAACCAGAUGCUGAGCGACCUCAACAGAGUGGACUUUGCCAACGUGCAGGAGCAGGCCUCCUGGGUUUGUCGCUGCAAUGAUGGGGUAGUGCAGAGGCUGGAGCAGGAUUUCAAGCUCACCCUGCAGCAGCAGAACUCCCUGGAGCAAUGGGCAGCCUGGCUGGACAGUGUUGUCACACAGGUCCUCAAGCCCUACCAGGGGAGCACAGCUUUCCCCAAGGCAGCUAAGCUUUUCCUGCUCAAGUGGUCCUUCUACAGCUCGAUGGUGAUUCGAGACCUCACCCUGCGCAGCGCAGCCAGUUUCGGAUCCUUCCACCUCAUCAGACUGCUCUACGACGAGUACAUGUACUACCUGAUAGAGCACAGAGUGGCACAGGCUAAAGGAGAGACUCCCAUAGCUGUGAUGGGAGAGAUAUGGAUUGACCUGUCUGAGAUCAAGGAUUGGUCUGAAGCCACCAUCCCUUUGGGGCACCAAGAAGUACCUGGAGUAAAAACCUUCUAAGAGGAUGAACUGUGCAAAUAGCCCGCUACUGCAGCAGGGCUGUCACCUCCUGAGACAACACCAAUGCGUCUCUUGGAUCCGUGACUAACAUGUCUGAAUUGCAGAGAAUAGCCGGUCUGUACAGUAUGAAGCACCCAGGUGUCCAAGGUGCAUUGAUGCCAGUACUCCAGGUGACUCCCUGAAAAGGGGCCCUCGGCCUGAGGCAGUAAAUUGCUAGGGAUGCUGCUCAUCAGUUCCUAAUAGAGUCACACACCCGUUGAGAGCACCGCAGCAUGUCCUCUACUGCAGGACCAAUAGUGUGUCCUGGAGUACUGGGAGCAUCCAGCAAUGGUGCCCUGUCACCAUCCGCUAUGCCCGCCUGAGACAGCCAGAGAUGAGGUCUUGCAGCUACUAGUGCAGCCAGGUUCCUACCCACUGCCUGUCUUUUGAAUUUAGAUAUACAGAGCAGGUUUUUAUUGACCAGUCCAUGAAACAGAAAUAAUGAUAAUUUGCAGUAGUGUUAUCUAUUAUAAUGUACGUGUGUAUAUCCAAGAAAUACUAGGCAAAAAACAAGCAAGCAUAAUGUUGUCUUGUGGCAAAGUGCCCACCCCUGUGU